AUGUCAAUUUCAGUGUUCUUGAUUGGUCUUGUUGAAAAUGUUAGGAAUGAACACGAUCAUCAUCAGGAACAGAUCAUUUCUCAAUAUUAUUAUUCUAAAUUAUGCAAAAAGAUGAGGGAUAGAUCCAUACAUCUCCGAAAAGGAUUUGGUGCAACAUUUGAAUCUAUCUAUUCCAUUGAUUUCAUUCAUGAUGAUGAAAAUAGGAACAACACAAACCAUUCCACUCUUGAUUCUUCCACCAAUCCAUCCUCUGAAUAUUCCCCAAUGAAAUUGAGUCCCUACGUGAUUAGAAUUUGCUACACCUCCCACUUGAUCCUCGUUGGUAACUCAGACAAGGAAUUCCACUCGAUUGAGUUUUUUGAUUUAAACACAAAGAAACACUUGCAUAGCUUUGCGAUCGAGAGUGUUCCCUUUUACUUAUGCGUGGAAGAAAACGAUGUCUUUUGUAGUGGUCAGAAAUCGAGAAGAGUAUUGCGAGAUGAGCCUUGUUUCUUGUUUUCGGAGGAUUCCUAUAUUUGGAAAUAUAAAUUGAAAAAUAUUCAGAUACACUUUGGCAAACAAGGGAAAGAUUCAUCAUCAUCCACGACGACGACUACUUGUGAAUGGAAACAGGAAAUUCAAAAUGCCACCUCAUUGGCGAUUCAAUACUCAAAGGAUCAUGAUCCUUAUCAGAAUUUACUUUAUAUUUGCUCAGGGCUUUCGAUCCAUGUAUUGAAUUCUGUGAGUGGUCAAUUAUUGGCAACGAUGGAUAUGAGUUCAUCUCUUACUAGUAAUAUCAUUUGCUUGGAAGUGUUGGAAGCGAGCGAAGAGUUGAUUCUAUUUUCGAGAGACCGAUUUUAUAGAAUGAGCAAAAAGAUGUCAAUGAUAUCAAUAGCUGGGCCAUUACCACGGAAUUUGGUCAUCAAUCAGACCACUCUAAUGUUGUCGAUAUUUCACAUGAUCGAAUGA